CACCAAAAUAGUAUUGUAACCUGAGACUUGUGUAAUUCUAGCUAUCCUCUCUUUCUGUUUUCAUCAUGUCAGAAGGAGCUUCCUCACCAGAGAGUCAACGACAAUUCUCUCAUCUAUUUCCUACCGAAGCAAUAGCAAGCACACCUCCUACAGGUCAAUGUCCAGUUGAACAAUGUCCUAUCGAAAAAACCUUUGUUGACCAAUGUCCCGUCGAAAACACAUUCACAGACUCAUGCCCAGCCGUGCCAUCUACUUCCACAAAUAAAACCUCACAAAGUACCUACAAGUCAAAUGCAGGCGUAGACUUUGUCAUUAUUUUCAAAUUCCCUACCAAUCAGCCUGAUGUAACAAGAGAACAACUUGAAGCCAAGACUACCAAAGCACUGGAGAGCCUUACCACAAAACUGAGUAAAGUCGGCCUCCGCUUCCAAAUCAGACCUGGAAAGGAAAGAGGAGUCUUGCUUGUUCUCGUCGGUUGUCCAUCCAACUUACUUUACCAAGCCCUCAAGAGAGAACGCAUACGCGACUUCUUACUCGGUGUACGCGUCGAUGAUAUUGAAGAGGAUGGAAAGAGCCGUUCAAUUAAUAUGAGUGAUGUAACAGACUCUGAACGUCUCAGACUUGUUUAUGAUUUGAUCACUUCACCCGAGACAGAAGGAGGCGCAAGUAUAUCUCCCGAUUUGGAUGAGUGUGUUGAUAGUAUCAUGCCCCUUCACGAUGAAAAUUUUGACAAGCCUGAAUAUUAUAGCAAUGGAUCAAGUCAUGGUCGAAGAAAUGGAUGCUUGAUCAAGACGACAUCAACAAAAUUCGAGACCAGUUUGAUUGCCUAUUACUUUGCCUUUUUGCAAAACUACUUUGUCUGGCUCAGUGUACCUUCUGUACUAGGAGCUUUUGUAUAUAUGACACACACAAAUACCCUCACCAUUGGGUUCUCCGUGUUUAUGCUGGUGUGGGCAGUUGUUUAUUUGGAAAUGUGGAAAAGAAAAGAAAAAGAACUAGCAGUAAUGUGGGGUGUGCGAAACUGCUCCAAAUAUGAAAAGAGACGUGCAGAGUAUGGAGGAGAUGGAACCAUAAAAGAUGAAGUUACAGGUGAAGAACUCCCAUUUGUCGCCCCUUGGAAAACAAUCGUACGCCGUAUUCUAGCUAUUCCUGGUGUUGCGCUUGGUGCUGUAUUCCUCAGUUCCAUCGUAGGCUUUGUAUUCUUCUUGCAACUCUUCUUACACGAGUACUACGCCGGACCAUUUGCCCAAAUAUUGCACUAUGCCCCAACUAUUGGCUAUGUUUUGUUUAUACCUACCAUGACAAACAUCUACAACAAAUGGGUCAAGAUACUUAAUGACUGGGAGAUGCACAAGACAGAUGCUUCUUGGGAAUCCAACUACACCAAAAAGAUCUUUAUUGCAAAUUUCCUUGUUGGCUACCUCUCCCUGUUUAUUACCGGAUGGGUCUAUAUUCCUUUCGGCGAUCAUGUACUCCCUUAUCUGUCUCACUAUAACAUUAGCCAUGACCAUAAGAAGGUUGACUUCUUGCGUCUCAGAGACCAGUUGGUAUAUUUUGUCGUAACGGGACAGGUUGUUGGCUUUGCAACCGAAAUGAUCGUGCCUUACAUUAUGCAGAAGGCCAUGCCAAAGGCUCAGGAACUUAAAGAAAAGGUCACUAAAGGAAACACCGAAUCAUCUUUCCCCGAAGACCAACUUGGUACACCUGAAAUGUCUGGUCCAGAAGCUGCGUUUAUGAAGAGAGUCUACAAACAAGUAGGGUUGGAAGAAUAUAACAUUUACACAGACUACGUUGAGAUGGUGAUUCAGUUUGGCUACGUGAGCAUGUUCUCCACUGUCUGGCCACUUACUGCCUUGUGUUGCAUGAUAAACAACUGGGUCGAAUUGCGUAGUGAUGCACUCAAGAUUUGUAAAUACACGAGACGUCCUAUUCCAUUGAGAGCCGAAGGAGCAGGUCCUUGGAUCGGCAACAUGGAAACUCUCGUCUGGCUUUCCUCGAUUACUAUGGCCUCCUUUGCUUACCUUUUCCAUCCUUCGACUAACAUUCACUCCCCUUACACACCUAUCUUGACUUUACUCGCUAUCAUGGUAUCCGAGCAUUUGUAUGUUCUCCUCCGUAUUCUCAUUCAAACUGCUAUCGAGAUCAUUCCAAGUUGGUCUGAUGUGGUAGUUAAGAAGGAGGAUUAUAAAUUGAAAAAGGUUUGGUUGGAUCGUCUGGCAUCCACUAGCCAGUCAUCUGUAAAGCAAGAUGCCAACAGUAGCUGGAACUACGAAGAGUCCCACGAUGAGCUUACAAAGCAUGUCUGGUCAGACCGUACUAGCCAGGAUGCACAGAACCAGGAAGGGAUCCGGCUUGUUGAAGCCGUCUUUAAGACCAAGUGAAUCAGAGACAAAUUAAAUCGAACAUGAAAAAUAAAAAUAAAAUAAUUUUCUUUGAAUGUAAAUAACAC